GAUCGAGCCCGCAACCCGGGCCUGUGCCCUUGCCCGGGAAUCGAACCCGGGACCUCCUGGUUCCUCGGCCGACGCUCCACCCCUGAGCCCGUCCGGCCGGACUCUUGCCGAGUGUUGAGUGUCCGACCCCCUGGUCCCAUCCCGGUGCCCAUUCAGCCCCCCCUGUCUUGCUCCUCUGCAGGCACCGGGACCUUCGGGCGGGUGCAGCUGGUCCGGCAGAAGACGGGCAAACAGUUCUUCGCGCUCAAGGUCAUGAGCAUCCCUGACGUCAUCCGGCUGAAGCAGGAGCAGCACGUGCACAACGAGAAGUCGGUCCUCAAGGAAGUCAGCCACCCCUUCCUGGUCAAGCUGUUCUGGACCUGCCACGACGACCGCUGCCUGUACAUGCUGAUGGAGUUCAUGCCAGGCGGCGAGCUGUUCAGCUACCUCCGCAACCGGGGCCGCUUCUCCAACGCGGCCGGGCUGUUCUACGCGGCGGAGAUCGUGUGCGCCCUCGACUACCUGCACUCGAAGGAGAUCGUCUACCGGGACCUCAAGCCCGAGAACAUCCUACUGGACCGCGACGGGCACGUCAAGCUCACCGACUUCGGCUUUGCCAAGAAGCUGGUCGACAGGUGAGGCGUGGUGCCCCCGGGGCCACCA